CCGGAGUCGCUGCUGCUGCUGCUGCUGCGGGCGGCGGGAGACGGGAGACGAGGGAAAUCGGACAGGCCCUGGCCGGACACACCCGGAGCAGAGAGACCGCCGGGUCCUGCGGAUGCUGGUUUUGCCAUCUGUCUUGCUGCUUGUCUGUCGUGGCCUUAGAUUUUGGGAUACAGGAUGUGACUGACAUGUCCUGUUUGGGGGACCUUGAAUUUUCAUGAGCCCCUUACCCCAGUGGUGCUUACAUUCUGGAUGCUAGGACUGUACUGUUCAUAUCAUGCGUGUGGUUGGGCUUGGUGUGGCCCCUGGGAAGCUGAGUCUGGCCCUGUGGGUUUUGAGUGUGACUGCUCGUAUACUCUCCUCUCAUGCACAGGUGUACUCACAGACUGUGAACACACACUACGGCAAGCUUCGUGGCAUGCGAGUGUCUUUGCCAAACGAUAUUUUGGGCCCUGUGGAUCAGUACUUAGGGGUGCCUUACGCAGCACCACCUGUGGGAGAGAAACGUUUCCUCCCCCCUGAGCCUCCACCUUCUUGGUCUGGAAUACGAAACGCCACCCAUUUUUCGCCUGUGUGCCCACAGAAUAUACAGAAUGCAGUACCAGACAUCAUGAUGCCUAUCUGGUUCACCUCAAAUCUGGAUACUGUUACUGGAUACCUUCAAGAACAAAGCGAGGAUUGCCUAUAUCUAAACAUCUAUGUUCCUACAGAGGAUGAUAUCCGGGACUCGGGGGCCAAACCAGUCAUGGUGUACAUCCAUGGUGGAUCCUACAUGGAGGGCAGUGGAAAUAUGAUUGAUGGAAGUGUACUGGCCAGCUAUGGGAAUGUGAUAGUCAUCACAUUAAACUAUCGUGUGGGAGUUCUUGGAUUCUUAAGUACUGGAGAUCAAGCAGCUAAAGGAAAUUAUGGACUUCUCGAUCAAAUUCAGGCACUCCGUUGGGUGAGCGAAAAUGUGGCAUUUUUUGGAGGUGACCCUCGCAGGAUCACAGUGUUUGGCUCAGGCAUUGGAGCCUCUUGUGUCAGUCUCCUCACCCUUUCUCAUCACUCUGAAGGUCUGUUCCAGAGAGCUAUCAUACAGAGUGGUUCAGCUCUUUCCAGCUGGGCAGUUAACUACCAACCCGUAAAGUAUACACGAUUGCUUGCCGAGAAAGUGGGAUGUAAUGUGCUAGACACUGUGGAUAUGGUUGACUGCCUCCGCCAGAAAAAUGCCAAAGAGUUGGUGGAGCAAGAUAUCCAACCAGCCCGCUAUCAUGUAGCCUUUGGUCCAGUUAUUGAUGGAGAUGUAAUUCCAGAUGACCCUGAGAUUCUCAUGGAACAAGGAGAAUUUCUCAACUAUGAUAUAAUGCUAGGGGUCAACCAAGGUGAAGGACUCAAGUUUGUUGAGAAUGUGGUGGAUGCAGAAGAUGGCGUAUCUGGGAGUGAUUUUGAUUACUCUGUUUCAAACUUUGUGGAUAACCUAUAUGGAUACCCAGAAGGCAAAGAUACACUGCGUGAGACCAUCAAGUUCAUGUACACUGAUUGGGCUGACCGAGACAAUCCCGAGACUCGUCGAAAGACAUUAGUUGCUUUGUUCACUGACCACCAGUGGGUAGAGCCAUCUGUAGUGACUGCUGAUUUACAUGCCCGUUAUGGCUCUCCAACCUAUUUUUAUGCCUUCUAUCAUCACUGCCAGAGCCUGAUGAAGCCAGCAUGGUCUGAUGCAGCCCAUGGAGAUGAGGUGCCCUAUGUGUUUGGUGUCCCUAUGGUGGGUCCAACAGAUUUGUUUCCCUGCAAUUUUUCCAAGAAUGAUGUGAUGUUAAGUGCUGUGGUCAUGACUUACUGGACCAACUUUGCCAAAACCGGGGACCCCAAUAAGCCUGUCCCACAAGACACCAAGUUCAUCCACACAAAAGCAAACCGCUUUGAGGAAGUAGCAUGGUCUAAAUACAGUCCACGGGAUCAACUCUAUCUACACAUUGGCUUAAAACCACGUGUACGUGAUCACUACCGUGCUACCAAAGUGGCAUUUUGGAAACACCUGGUUCCACACCUAUACAAUCUACAUGAUAUGUUUCAUUAUACUUCAACUACCACCAAGGUGCCACCAUCUGACACUACCCAGAAUUUACAUAUCACUCGCCGGCCCAAGUUUCCGGAUACUAAACGACCAGCUAUUUCUCCCACACUUAAUGGUCCAGCAUCCAAAUGGAACCCAGACCUGGACCCAGUGGACCCGGUUGUGAUACAGGACCCAAGGGACUAUUCUACUGAACUUAGUGUCACUAUUGCAGUGGGAGCCUCUCUUUUGUUUCUCAACGUGCUGGCUUUUGCUGCACUGUACUACCGUAAUGAUAAACGUCGUCAAGACACACAGCGGCAGCCUAGUCCACAGCGUGCCUCAGCCACGCGGGAUCCAACACACAGCCCGUUACCUCCUGAGGAAAUCAAUUCUUUACAGAUAAAUGCUGGACACCCUGAUUGUGAGGGAGGAGGGGUCACCAGCCAUGAUAAUCUACGUAUGGCCACUCUCCCUGACUACACACUUACUUUACGUCGUUCUCCAGAUGAUAUUCCACUCAUGACCCCUAACACCAUUACCAUGAUUCCAAAUUCUCUGGUGGGACUGCAAAGCCUUCAUCCAUACAACACAUUUUCUGCAGGCUUCAACAGCACUGGCCUCCCCCACUCACACUCCACCACUAGAGUAUAGCACCCCACCAUGUUGCACUUCCUCCUUGCUUGGACAUUAGAUCUAUAUGAGGUGUCUGAGGCAAGGGAGAAGUGGUUGAAAUGACACAUUCCAUACCCCCAAAGAGGAAGGGGGACCAGUGUGGGGCUCUGCUUCUAUGAUGAUGAAAAGGGUCUGUUCAGCCAAGACCUGUCAAGAACACACUUCUUCUGUGCUCUUGUUUUCUAAAGUGCUUUUACCCUUGUGGAGGCACAUCGAGAGUUAAGGAAGCUUAGCAAAGAAAAGGAUUUGACCUUAAAGAAUAUGGUCUGCAACUAUGUAUAAAGAGAAGCAGGAGAUUGUGAGUGAAGAAGAGGCAGGAGGGAGACAAGCCUAAUGUAUUUUCCUAUCCCUUCCCAGAAGUAAAUGUCAUCUGAGUGUACUAUAAAGCUAUACUGCCUUUGAAACUGGAAAAAUGGUAUAGAUAAGCUGCUGCAGAAGAAAUGUCUUCUUUACUAGCCUAGGUACGACAUAAAAUGUAUAAAAAAAAUAUGUUUAAAAAAAGUAGAAAGAACAUACAGUUAGUUGCAAAUUAAAGGAACUACGUUCAUUGGCCUAAUUUUUUUCCCUCCCUCACCUGCCCCAGAUCUGUGCCAAAUUCACAUACCAGCUGUGGAAUGGGGUUUAAAAUCUACCCAGUUUUUAUACUACCUUAAUCCUCCCAGUGCCAAACAUAGAAAGCCAGCCAUCGUUGAAAAAUGCAAGUCAUUGGUCUGUAUCCCCAGCUUAGCCAUCCCCUCUAGUUACCAUUGAACUACGAGCAAAUGUAUCCAGUCCUUAGCUGUGUAGGUCAUCAAUGUCCUACCACUGAAUGAAACCUUUGGCAUUGUAAUAUUUACUUUGAUUUUCAGAUACUUGAGAAACAAUCUAGUUGCCAAAUUCUCCAACCUUGUCUUCAGUGAGACAUAUUAGUUUGGUCACAUAGCCUGUCUUUCUGAGUUUGGGUAUAUACUUUAAGAUGAGACUUAUUUUGUUAUUCUCUUUAUUACCUUUUAUUCAUAGAUGUGAACAGGGACUAGAAGUAAAGCGAUUUCUCCUGACUUUAUGUAUUAUGAACGACGAUAUAUAAGGGGUUUUAAAUCCCACUGGAAGAGAUGUGUACAGAAUAUUGUCUGUUUGGAUUUCGAGUUAGAGCUUCAAGCUUAAUAUGUAUCAGAUUUUAAAAGGUUGGCUGUAUACAUCGACUGACAUGGCAGCAGACACCUUAUACUAUUUUUACAUAAAAAUAUGUAUUUCAUACAUAAAGUUUCCCACCUCUGCCUCCUUGGGUAUGUCUGUAAAUGGGUGUAGAACAAAUUGUUUGUGCAUGUAUGUGGGUAUAUGUAUGCGUAUAUACCUGUGUAUGUGUGUACGUAUAUACAUAUAUAUAGGCAUACACAGGAACACUAACAAACUGUUGUACAUAUGAAUACUCACAUAGAUGUUUGCUCCCCCUCCCACUUCUUCCUCCAACUGGGAACCAACGCCUUUUCAGCUUUUCUAUCAUUUGCCAUGAUUUUUUGGACAUGGGUUUUGUGACCUGGAGGGAUGCCAUGGGUUCAAGUGACAGUUUUUGUGACACAGAGGGGCACCUGGGGUCAGUAUUUAUAGAAUGUAUUUAUACUGUAUCACAGGAGAGUAGAAAACGUAUUCCAAAUAAAGAAAACUCAUAUUUUU